AUGGCUGCCUCCAUCACAGUGCUCCCUCAGGCAGCCGGCUGGGCCGUCGUCUGCGGUCUCGGCUUCUUCUUCGCCGCCUUCAUGAUCGGGCUCUCUUUCAUCCAACAACGUUACACCAACCGCUCGAUAAAGGACACAGAUGAGUUUGCGUCGGCUUCUCGCUCGGUCAAGCCCGGUCUUGUCGCUGCCGGUAUCGUCUCCGCAUGGACAUGGUCUUCAACGCUGCUUCAAUCGACGUCCGUGACAUACAAGUUCGGCGUAUCGGGAGGGUACGCUUAUGCGGCUGGAGCAACCCUUCAGAUCCUCCUGUGUUCCAUCAUGGCAUGCAAGAUCAAGCUCAACGCGCCCUUUUGCAGCACUUACCUCGAAAUCCUCAAGGUGAGGUGGGGCAAGCUGUUGCACUGCAUCUUUCUGUUCUUCGCCCUCGCCACCAAUCUUCUCGUCUCGUCGCAGCUCGUUGUCGGUGGAUCCGCCGUGGCUAGCACGCUCACCGGAAUUCCGGUCCUUGCUGCUAUCUGGCUCAUCCCUCUCGGAGUCGCAUGCUACGUCCUUGUCGGAGGCAUGAGAGCGACUUUGCUUGCAGACUACACCCACACAGUGGGCCUCUUGAUCGUCAUCUUCUACUUCUUCUUCAAGGUCUGGGUCACAUCUCCAGAGAUCGGAAGCGUUUCAAAGAUGGUGGAGCUACUACAGACCUCAAACGACAUCCAGAACAACGCUGCAGCAAGCCCGCUGACAUUCAGGUCUUUGGAAGGAUCGGUCAUCUUUUUGAUCAUCAACAUCAUUGGAAACCUCGGAACGGUCUUCUGCGAUCAGAGCUACCACCAACGCUCGAUUGCCUCGAACCCGGCCACUGCAGCUCGAGCUUUCCUUCUGGGAGGUUCGGCGUGGUUUGCCAUCCCUUUCCUCUUUUCGAUGACGAUGGGCUUGAGCGCCAGAGGUCUCCUCUACUCGGGCAACCCUCUGAUGCCAGCGCUAUCAGCAGCUGACGUUAGUGCAGGUCUUCCGGCUCCUGCAGCAGGUGUAGCGCUGGCCGGUAAGGGAGGCGCUGUUGCGGUACUCAUCCUGCUCUUCCUCGCUGUCACUUCGGCCUCCUCGGCCCAGCAGGUCGCUGUCGCAUCCGUGCUCACUUUCGACGUCUACAAGCCCUACAUCCGUCCUCAAGCAAGCAAGCAGGAGAUCUUCAUCAUGAGCCAUGCAGGCGUCGUCAUCUGGGCCAUCGUUAUGGGGGUCUUCGGUACGAUCUUCCACUACGCAGGCAUCUCCCUCGGUUGGCUGUACCUCGCGCAGGGUAUCAUCAUCGCACCUGCUGUUGUACCCGUCUUUUGCGGUCUGGUCUGGAAGCGGACCAACAGGAUCGCUUGCUUGGUAGCCAUGAUCGGCGGUGUCAUUUGCGGUCUUGUGACCUGGAUCGUGACUGCCGCUGCCCUCGAAGGCGAAGUGACCGUCGCCAGCACCGGCAAGGACUACCCUACGCUGGCUGGAAAUGUCGUCUCGCUAAUGGCUUCAGCGAUCAUCACCGUCGUCGGUAGCCUGCUCAAGCCCGAAACCCAGGACCACUUUGUGCUCACCCGCAGCAUCAAUGCGCCAGCCGACGUUGUCGAGCGCAUGAACGCACACUCAAGCCGCAACUCGACCUCCUCCGCCGCAUCACCGGCCUCGCCCGAAGCGGAAAAGACGAAUCUGGACGCCGAAAAGACCUCGCCCGCAGCAGCGUACACAGUCGAGACCAUCGACUACGUCAAAGCUGCCGGUCUGAAUGCGGACGAGCUUCGAAAGACGCUUCGAUUGACAAGCUGGGUCAGCGUUAUCGCUUCCUUCGUGUUGUGCAUUCUGAUUCCCGCAUGUCUGGCGUCACGCCGCGUGUGGAACGCUACAGGUCUCGCAGCGUACAUCUGGAUUGGGUUUGUAUGGCUGAUCUGGACCACACUAGCUGUCGGCAUCCUGCCAGUGUGGGAGUCGAGACGCGAACUCGCUGCGAUUCUGAGGGGAAUCGGGAAGGAUUUGACCGGCAAGAAUGGAAAGUACCAAGAGGCGAAGGAGAAGAAUGCUUCGUCGUAG